AUGAAGAGGUCGGAUCUGGUUACGGAGCUUCGGAAAGAGCUCCACGAGAGCCAGAAUGAACGAGAUAAGCGUAUAGAGGAGCUAUGGAGUAGGCUUAACCCGGGCAAUGCUCCAGCUCUCGACCUCAAGGCAUUGCAGAAGGGAUUGAGGAGGAUCGAUCACCCUCUGGCGAAUGCGGAUCGCAUGUUGCAGAAGAUUAUGGACACGGUAGACACCAAUGGCGAUGGCAAGAUUCAAUACGAAGAAUUCCACACGUUCGUGGAUCAAGCCGAGGGCCCGUUGCUCUACAUCUUUCGAUCUAUCAAUACGAACAACGAUGGCAAGCUUGAUAGGAAAGAGCUUCAGGAAGCUUGUCGCCGGGCCGGCGUUGUGUUGCCCAUGCGGCGGCUGGACAUGUUUUUCAGGGAUAUCGACGCGAAUAAAGAUGGUUUCAUCAGCUAUGAAGAAUGGCGUGACGAGACUCUUGAGGGUUUAGGUACGAGCCGCUCCCUUUUGUACAUCCUUUUUGGCUCCAUUAUUCGAAUGCUGCAGCCCGAAGCAGAGAGGAGGAAACGGAAAAAUAUGCAAUCUCUCCUCGAGGAGGGCCCUGACCAGCAAAGAGCAUCGGCUGCUGGCCAGGCAGAACAGGCUGCUCCCACUUCUGCUGCGUCCACGGCUUUGGAGACCCAGAGCGAGUCAUUAUCUUCUACCACUAUUUCGACGCGAUCACGAUCUUCAUCAUUGUCAUCAUCCUCUCCUUCUUCUUCUUCAGCUUCGUCUUCCCUGUCUACUUCUUCAGUUUCUUCCGAUGUACUUUUAAAACCUUCUAGCAGAUUAGGUGCUGCGGGGAUGGCCGAGACACCAAGCGGCAAUGGCACUACCAGCACAGCGGGGGAUGGUCUCGAUGAGGAAGCAGUUGAAGGAGAGCUAUUGCUCGCCACAAGCGCUACUGCGCGGAAAUCGGCCCAGAACGUCGCUGCCGUGGCUCACCACUACCACGAGAAACAGGUGCCGCAGAAGAGCCUGUGGAAACUGACAGAUUUUGUACCCGAUCCAGGUUACUUUGUCGCGGGUGCCAUUGCCGGAGGUGUCUCGAGAACUGCUACGGCACCGCUGGACCGACUCAAGGUCUACCUCUUGGUCAAUACGAGCAAGACAAACACGCUUCAUGACACUGUUGGGGCCCUGAAGAGUGGUCAGUUCGUCAAGGCGCUAGGCCAUGCGGUGAGCCCUUUUCGUGGGGCGAUCAGGGAGCUGUGGAUGGCCGGUGGGGCGCGAAGUUUCUUUGCCGGCAAUGGGCUCAACGUCAUCAAAAUCAUGCCGGAAACGGCUAUCAAAUUUGGGUCGUACGAAGCUGCGAAACGAGCAAUGGCAUCUUUUGAAGGCCAUAGCGACCCGAGGAACAUCUCGGCCUAUUCCAAGUUUGCGGCGGGUGGUGUUGCUGGAAUGAUUGCACAAUUCUGCGUAUACCCCGUCGACACGCUCAAGUUUCGACUCCAAUGCGAGACGACAAAAGAUGGCCUCAAAGGAAACGCGCUCGUCAUCCAAACGGCGAGGAAGAUGUUUGCAGACGGCGGUGUCCGAGCUGCCUACCGCGGUGUCACCAUGGGCCUCGUAGGCAUGUUCCCCUAUAGUGCCAUCGACAUGGGCACGUUCGAGUUCCUCAAGACAAGCUACAAAAAGUACAAGGGCCGCAAGACGGACACGCACCCGGACGACGUGGUUAUGGGCAACCUCGUAACGGGCGUGAUCGGGGCCAGCUCGGGCGCGUUCGGAGCCAGCAUCGUGUACCCCCUCAACGUCCUCCGCACGCGGUUGCAGACGCAGGGCACGGCGAUGCACAAGGAGACGUACACGGGCAUCGUGGACGUGGCUCGCAAGACGGUGCAGAGGGAGGGUUACCGCGGCUUGUACAAGGGACUGACGCCCAAUCUGCUCAAGGUGGCUCCGGCUCUCAGUAUUACUUGGAUGGUGUAUGAGAAGUCGAAGCGCGUGCUUGGCCUUGACUAG